AUGAUGAGUGAAUUUGAUAUGACUGAUCUGGGAAAGAUGCGUUACUUUCUUGGUAUUGAGGUAGUGCAAUCAUCUUGUGGAAUCUUUAUUAGCCAGAGGAAAUAUGCUCAGGAGGUUCUGGAAAGAUUUCGAAUGUCAAAUUGUAAUCCAGUCCAAAAUCCAAUUGUACCAGGUUUUAAGAUUACAAGAGAUGCUGAAGGAGAGAGCUUUGAUAGCACCUAUUACAAGCAAAUCAUUGGAAGUCUAAUGUAUUUGACAGCCACUCGACCAGACAUAAUGUAUGUUGUUAGUCUCCUUAGCAGGUUUAUGGAGAAACCAAUUGAACUUCAUUAUCUGGCUGCAAAAAGAGUGCUCCGCUAUUUGAAAGGUACUGUGGAUUAUGGGUUGUUUUAUAAGAAGGGAAAAAGCAAUGAGUUAGUGGGAUUUAGUGACAGUGAUUAUGCUGGGGAUUUGGAAGAUAGAAAGAGCACAUCUGGUCAUGUGUUCAUGUUAAGUUCAGGGGCUGUUUCAUGGUCUUCAAAGAAGCAGCAAGUUGUCACUUUAUCUACAACCGAAGCUGAGUUCAUAGCAGCUGCUUCUUGUGCUUGUCAGGCUGUAUGGUUAAGAAGAAUACUUGAGGAAUUACAUUGCAUUCAGAAGAAGCCUACACUGAUAUACUGUGAUAACAGUUCAACGAUCAAACUUUCCAAGAAUCCAGUGCUGCAUGGAAGAAGCAAGCACAUUGAUGUCAGGUUUCAUUUUCUUCAUGAUCUUACAAAGGCAGGUGUUGUUGAUCUAGUUCAUUGUCAAAGUCAAGAUCAGAUUGCAGACAUAUUGACCAAGCCUCUGAAGUUAGAAGCAUUUGAGAAGCUGCGUGGUCUACUAGGAGUUUUGUCAGGUUCUACUGUAAACUGA